AUGUUAUUUCCCAACAGCUCCAGCUUAGCCCCAACCCCAUUCAGCCUGAAUGGCUUCCCAAGUCUGAAGGCCCUAUACUUCUGGCUCUUCCUCCCUUUCUGCUCCAUGUAUGUCAUCACUGUGGUGGGGAACUGUGGACUUUUGUACCUCUUCUGUUGUGAGGAAGCACUGCACCAGCCCAUGUACUACUUUCUGGCCAUGCUGUCAUCCACAGACCUGUUCACAUGCAGCAGCACAGUGCCCAGAAUGCUCCUUCUCUUCUGGCUUGAUUUUAAGGAGAUCAGCUUUAGCAUCUGUCUCGUCCAGAUGUUUUUUGUCCACACCUUCACAGGGAUGGAAUCUGGGGUCCUCAUGAUCAUGGCCCUGGAUCGCUAUGUGGCCAUCUGCUACCCUCUGAGAUACUCCACCAUCUUAACCAACCCCAUUAUUGUCAGGGUUGGGCUGACCACUUUCCUCAGGGGGGCUGUACUGGUCAUUCCCUUCACUUUUCUGACCAAGAGACUGCCGUUCUGCCAAGGCCACGUCAUCCCUCAUACCUACUGUGACCACAUGCCUAUAGCCAAGGUAGUAACAUCAAGGUCAAUGCUGUCUAUGGUUGCCAUUCUUAUUGGGGGAUUUGACAUCCUCUGUAUAUCUGCAUCCUACACCGUGAUCCUUAGGGCUGUGGUGAGCUGGUCUUCAGCAGAGGCACAGCACAAAGCCUUCAGCACCUGCACUGCUCACAUUACUGCCAUCAUUAUCACCUAUGUCCCAGCCUUCUUCUCCUUCUUCACCCACUGCUUUGGGGAGGACACCAUCUCCCACCACAUACACAUCAUCAUUGCCAACUUGUACCUAUUGCUGCCCCCGAUGAUGAACCCUGUUGUGUACAGGGUGAAGACCAAGCAGAUCUGGGAAGUUGUGGUCAGGCUGUUGGGUGGGAAAAGGGUGCACUGA